AUCCUGGGAAAGGGAAAGGGAUCCGGUGGAUCGGGAAGGGAUCCCAGGGUUGGGAAUGUGGAAGGGAUCCCAGGAAUGAGACAGGAUCCCAGAGACAGGAAUGGAGAAGGGAUCGCAGGGAUCAGGAAGGGAUCCCAGAGCUGGGAAUGGGGAGGGGAUCCCGGGGAUCCGGAGGGGAUCCGGUGGAUCAGGAUGGAUCCCAGACGGGGCCGUGUUCCCUCCCGCAGCAGAGCCUGCUGGGCGGGGAGAUGGAUCUGGCCACGCCCGGAGCGCUGUCCCCCAGCAAACCGGGAUCCCAGUUCUACCAGUACGGGGGCAGCGCCCGCCGGAGACCCCUGCACGGCUCCUCCGUGGAAGUUCAGACAAAGAAAGUCCGGAAGGUUCCUCCGGGUUUGCCGUCCUCCGUUUACGCUCCGUCCGCCAGCACCGCCGAUUACAACCGGGAUUCUCCGGGAUAUCCGUCCUCCAAACCCGCAUCCGGCACUUUCCCAAGCUCUUUCUUCAUGCAAGAUGGGCACCACGGCAGCGACCCCUGGAGCUCUUCCAGCGGGAUGAGCCAAGGCGGAUACGGCGGAAUGUUGGGAAACUCUUCCCACAUUUCCCAGUCCGGCAGCUACUGCAGCCUGCACCCCCACGAGCGCCUGAGCUAUCCGUCGCACUCCUCGGCCGAGCUGGGCUCCGCGCUGCCGCCCAUGUCGUCGUUCCACCGCGGCGGCUCCGCCCAUUUCAGCGCCUCCUCCUGCACCCCCCCGGCCAACGGCGCCGAGCCCGGGAUGGCCAAUCGAGGCAGCGGAGCCGCCGGAAGUUCUCAGACCGGAGACGCGCUGGGAAAAGCUCUCGCUUCCAUUUACUCUCCAGAGCACACCAACACCAGCUUUUCAUCCAAUCCUUCGACUCCGGUCGCGUCUCCCCCUUCUCUGGCAGGAACGGCCGUUUGGUCUAGGAAUGGAGGGAAUGGAGCUCCCGCGGCUUCAUCGCCCAAUUAUGAGGGGCCCUUGCACUCCUUGCAGAGCCGGAUCGAGGAUCGCCUGGAGCGCCUGGAUGACGCCAUCCACGUCCUUCGGAAUCACGCGGUGGGAGCCGCGCCCGCCAUGGCCGGAGCGCACGGAGACGUGCACGGAAUCAUCGGAGCCGCCCACAACGGAGCCAUGGCCGGGCUGGCUUCCGGCUACGGCGGCGGCCUGCUGGGCAGCCGGCACGCGCUGAUGCGCUCUGGAUUUGGGAUUGGGGAUAGCAGAGGGCCGACAGGGAACGCUGCAGGUUCCCGGCUCCAGGGGGAGCAUUCCCGGGAUUCCGGACUCACCGGGAUCUCUCGGCAGGUGGGAGCUCACCGGGAGGACGGUGUCGGCCUCCGCGGGAGCCACUCGCUGGUGCCCGGCCAGGUGCCGGUGCCGACGCUUCCGGUGCAAUCAGCAACGUCCCCGGAGCUGACCCCGGCCCAGGAUCCCUACCGGGGAAUUCCCACGGCUCUCCAAGGCCAGAGCGUCUCAUCCGGCAGCUCCGAGAUCAAAUCGGACGACGAAGCCGACGAGAACCUGCAGGAUCCGAAGGUUUCCGAGGAAAAGAAGCUGGAAGAGGAUAAGAAGGAGAUCAAAUCCAUAACUAGGUCAAGAUCUAGCAAUAACGACGACGAGGAUCUGACCCCGGAGCAGAAAGCGGAGCGGGAGAAGGAACGGCGCAUGGCCAACAACGCGCGGGAGCGGCUGCGCGUGCGCGACAUCAACGAGGCCUUCAAGGAGCUGGGCAGGAUGGUUCAGCUCCACCUGAAGAGCGACAAACCCCAGACCAAGCUGCUCAUCCUGCACCAGGCCGUGGCCGUCAUCCUCAGCCUGGAGCAGCAGGUCCGAGAACGGAACCUGAAUCCGAAGGCGGCGUGCCUGAAGCGGCGGGAAGAGGAGAAGGUGUCCUCGGAGCCUCCGCCGCUGUCGCUGGCGGGACCCCACGGCGGGAUGGGCGACGCCUCCAAUCACAUGGGACAGAUGUAACCAGAUCCGAGGCUCCGGAAAGAAAUCUCCAUCCCGCUCCUUCCGUAUUUCCCCGAUCCCACAAAAACCCCUUCGUUUUUUUUUGUAAGAUACCGACAAGUCUGAGUAAUUCCUCAAUCCCAGACGCGUGAGAUUCCAGCAUUCCCGAGGAAAAAUCCCGGAAAAAAAAAAAGCGCCGGAAUAAAAAGGAAAGGAAACAAAAAAAA